UCGGCUCCCCUCCCCCCGCCCCGCGCCGCGCGGUUGCCCGUCGCUUCGCACUGGGCUGGAUGGUUGCAUCGGGCAGGGUUGCUCCAGGAUGUUAGGGACUGUGAAGAUGGAAGGGCAUGAGAGCAGCGACUGGAACAGCUAUUACGCGGACACACAGGAGGCCUACUCCUCCGUCCCAGUCAGCAACAUGAACUCAGGCCUAGGUUCCAUGAACUCCAUGAACACCUACAUGACCAUGAACACCAUGACCACGAGCGGCAACAUGACCCCGGCUUCCUUCAAUAUGUCCUACGCUAACCCGGGCCUGGGAGCCGGUCUGAGUCCCGGCGCUGUGACCGGCAUGCCAGGGGGCUCAGCGGGCGCCAUGAACAGCAUGACGGCAGCAGGAGUGACUGCCAUGGGGACGGCGCUGAGUCCAGGUGGCAUGAGCGCCAUGGGCGCGCAGCCGGCGGCCUCCAUGAAUGGCCUGGGCCCCUAUGCGGCCGCCAUGAACCCGUGCAUGAGCCCGAUGGCGUACGCUCCGUCCAACCUGGGCCGCAGCCGCGCGGGCGGAGGCGGCGACGCCAAGACGUUCAAGCGCAGCUACCCACACGCCAAGCCGCCCUACUCCUACAUCUCGCUCAUCACGAUGGCCAUCCAGCAGGCGCCCAGCAAGAUGCUCACGCUGAGCGAGAUCUACCAGUGGAUCAUGGACCUCUUCCCCUAUUACCGGCAGAACCAGCAGCGCUGGCAGAACUCCAUCCGCCACUCUCUCUCUUUCAACGACUGCUUCGUCAAAGUGGCACGAUCCCCGGACAAGCCAGGCAAGGGCUCUUACUGGACGCUGCAUCCGGACUCCGGCAACAUGUUCGAGAACGGCUGCUACCUGCGCCGUCAGAAGCGCUUCAAAUGCGAGAAGCAGCCAGGGGCCGGUGGAGGGAGUGGGGCCAGCGGCUCCAAGAGCGGCCCUGAAAGCCGCAAGGACCCCUCUGGCGUGGGUAACCCCAGCGCCGACUCCCCUCUUCAUCGGGGUGUGCACGGGAAGGCCGGCCAGCUAGAGGGCGCGCCGGCCCCUGGGCCCGCCGCCAGCCCCCAGACUCUGGACCACAGCGGGGCGACGGCGACAGGGGGCGCCUCGGAGUUGAAGACUCCAGCCUCCUCGUCGGCUCCCCCCAUAAGCUCCGGGCCUGGGGCCCUGGCAUCUGUGCCCCCCUCUCAUCCAGCGCAUGGCCUAGCACCCCACGAGUCUCAGAUGCACCUGAAAGGGGAUCCCCACUACUCCUUCAACCACCCCUUCUCCAUCAACAACCUCAUGUCCUCCUCGGAGCAGCAGCACAAGCUGGACUUCAAGGCAUAUGAGCAGGCACUGCAGUACUCACCUUACGGCGCCACCUUGCCCGCCAGCCUGCCCCUUGGCAGCGCCUCUGUGGCCACGAGGAGCCCCAUCGAGCCCUCAGCCCUGGAGCCGGCCUACUACCAAGGUGUGUAUUCCAGACCCGUCCUAAACACUUCCUAGCUUCCGGGACUGGGGGUUUGUCUGCAUGGCCAUGCUGGUAGCAGUGAGAGAAAACAAAAACACAACAGCAAACAAAACCACACACACCCAACAACAGCAUAAUAAAAUCCCAACUAUUUUAAUUUUUCGUGCACAAUUUUCCCCCAAUGGAAA